AUGUCUCCUGUAGAUCCGACAAAGGAUAAUGACACCCUAGCGAAACCAUACUACAUGCCCCACCACUGUGUAGAAAAACCGGACAGUGCAACUACGAAACUGCGGGUCGUCUUUGACGUAUCCUGCGCCACCGAUACAGGAGUAUCACUUAAUGAUGCACUUAUGGUCGGUCAUAUCAAACAAGAUGAUGUAUACAGCAUUAUUCUUAGAUUUCGGUUACAUCGGUUUGCCAUUGUAGCCGAUCUAGAAAAAAUGUACCGUCAGGUGUUGGUACAACCAUCGGACCGUCACCUGCAGCGAAUUCUCUGGCGCGAUUCUCCAAACGAUCCCAUACAGUGUUUCGAACUAAAGACCGUGACAUACGGCACCGCUUCGGCACCAUUCUUGGCCACACGUUGCCUACAGCAGCUUGCAUUAGACGGAACUUCACUUUAUCCAAGGGCAGCGCGUGCUCUUUCGAAUAAUUUUUAUAUUGACGAUCUUCUCGGUGGCAGUAACAUAGAGGAAGAAGAAACGGAGCUUUGCGGACAGCUCAUUGCACUUCUUCAGUCGGCGGGAUUUAAGUUGCACAAGUGGGCAUCAAAUAAUCCGAGUAUUUUGAAAAACAUUCCGGUGGAACUUCGAGAAAACCGACAGCUACUGGAAAUCGAUGCUUCUACAUCUCCAGUAAAAACUCUUGGCCUUUUGUGGCAGCCCAUUGAUGAUGUCUUUCGCUUCAAGGUACCUGAGUGGGCACAAAGAACUGCAAUCACAAAGCGGAUAGUGUUAUCAGAUGCUGCCAGAUUGUUCGAUCCUCUUGGCCUUCUAGGGCCAACCAUUCUGCUCUCGAAGCUUUUCAUGCAGAAGUUGUGGGCAUUGAAGCUUGCGUGGGAUGUUCCACUGGAAGAGCCUUUGCAAAAAUCCUGGAGAGAGUUUUUUGACGACCUGGAGGGUUUUCGUUCACUUUCUGUUCCACGAUGGGCAGCUCCAGCUACUGGUGAAUUCAGCAUGGAACUGCACGGUUUCUGCGACGCAUCGGAGCGUGCAUACGGUGCUUGUUUUUUCCUUCGUACUGUAACUACUGAGGGAACUAUUGCGGUGCAUCUUCUUACGGCCAAGUCAAAGGUAGUUCCGUGCAAUAACGGAAGGAAACAACGGCCAGUAUCGUUGCCCAGACUGGAGUUGUCAGCGGCAUUAUUGCUAAGCCACUUAUACGAAAAGGUGCAAGGAGCCUUACAAUUCCCUGGUCGAUCGUACUUUUGGACGGAUUCAACAAUUGUUAUUCAUUGGCUAGCGGCAGAACCCAGCCGUUGGAAAAAAUUUGUAUCUAACCGAGUUGCCGAGAUCCAACACAUCACGGCGGCCGGAAUCUGGGGACACGUAGCGGGAAUAGAAAACCCAGCAGAUGCUGUCUCGCGCGGAAUGCCAGCUUCUCAGCUAAUCCAACACAAUAUCUGGUGGAACGGACCUACCUGGCUAAGCCAGUCGCUUCGAAUAGCGCAACAAGAAUCCUUUUCCGAAGAUAUCCGUUCCAUUCAAACCAAUGGUCAAGUCAAGGUGACAUCCAAAUUGAAAUCAUUGUCACCAAUCCUGGUAGACAAUCUGCUUCGCGUACGUGGUCGCUUGCGCAAUGCACUAGUUCCGUAUGAUCAAAAACAACCGAUGAUUCUCGACAGCAAGCAUCCUCUCGCUCUUCUAAUUGUGCGACAUUAUCAUGUCAAACUUUUACAUGCUGGACCCCAACUUUUGAUGUCAUCAGUGCGGCAAAGGUUCUGGCCGCUUAGACUCCGCAAUCUGGCCCGUUACGUGGUGCACCACUGUGUCACCUGCUUUCGCUGUAAGCCCAGCGCAUCGGAACAGCUAAUGGCAGAUCUUCCUUCUGUUCGAGUAUCACCUGUACUUCCGUUUUUAAAUUCGGGUGUGGAUUUUUGUGGUCCGUUCCAUUUAAGACCACCUCAUCGUAAAGCUGCCACACAAAAAUGCUACGCAGCAGUCUUUGUCUGCAUGUCAACGAAGGCUGUCCAUUUGGAGCUCGUCAGCAGUUUAUCUGCUGAGUCUUUUCUCGCCGCUCUGAUACGAUUUGCUGCUAGACGUGGUGUACCCAAAUCCAUCUACUGCGACAACGCCACGAAUUUCGUCGGGACUCGUAGAAUUCUGAACGAGUUCUUGGAAUUGUUUCGUUCACAGCAAACCCGCAUCGACAUAAUGCGUCAGUGCUCGGACGAGGGCAUUGAGUUUUGCUUCAUACCGCCAAGAUCACCUCACUUCGGCGGGCUGUGGGAGGCCGCGGUUAUGGCUCUCAAAACUCAUCUCUACAGGACUCUGAAGACAUCGCUUGUAACACCCGAACAAAUGCUAACUAUUCUCACCCAGGUGGAAGCUUGUCUAAACUCCAGGCCGUUAACUCAACUUAGCAACGAUCCAGAUGAUAUAGACGUUCUUACGGCAGGUCAUUUCUUGGCGCACCGUCAAUUAACUGCCAUCCCGGAACCCUCAUACGAGGAGGUACCCUCAAACCUCUUCAGCAGCGUAGUCGGUGGACUCACGAACGAAACAACAUACAAAUUGGAACGAUGGUAUUACAAUUUGCCACCACUGAAAUGGAGAUUCGGUCGCGUGAUCGAAAUAUUUGCUGGCAGCGACAAUCGUAUUCGUGUCAUCAGCAUUCGAACCAAAGAAGGCGUUUAUCGACGGGCAAUCAACCGAGUCUGUGUUCUACCGAUCGAAGACAAUCAACCACCGAACACAGCAACGUUCCAGUCGUUCGAGGUUCCAGCAAACUAG